CUUUGGGUCACAUGAUAUUUUGUGUACCUCGCAACGCGACUGGAAACGAGAGAUCUAAGCCUUUCACCUUAAAAUGAAAUUGAGGUUGGGUCCCCACCACGGUGGCUGCAUUUCAAUGUAAGCCGAACGCAGAAAUACUUGUGUACUUAAGUUUAAGUGCACAUUACUCCCCCACUGUGGUGUGGCUAGGUUUUACAUGUAAAACAGCAGGAGUUGUUUCGUUUAAAAUUGCCUGUAUGCAGAGUCAGUGCGCUGAAGGUGCAAAAAGUAGUCGCCAUUAACCACGGCACAUCCUGGAGCUGAGGACGUAAGGCAUUCCUUUAGAUAUGCAGGUAAUUACUGUUGUUUCCGGAAUUAAAUAUAAACAAUAACAAUUUCAAAAAUCAGACGCAGCCCUCUUCGCAUUUUAUUCGUGGUCCAAUACAUAACUCUGCUUUGCACAAAUUACCAAUGUGUCAACAUUCGUCAAAGCGUUAUUUCAGCAGCAUUUGGGGAUAGAACACUUAUGUUUCAAAGGAUGUAUGUGCGAUGGUAUUCCAUUUUUUCUUUGCUCCAUGUUGUUUCAGAACACGCCAGCAAACCUGAACAGCCUUCCCACAGAUUCCACUUGUGGCGAUUCCACAGUGAUAAUUCAAGGCAGAACAGCUCCAGCCUAGCAGAAAUAUCUGCUGGUGCAAAUGCGAGUGCAAUUGCUAGUUCUGUAGAAGAGGAAAUUAGCCAAGCUGCAAGUGAAAGAGAUGUUCAUUGUGAUGAAGAUGCAAGAAGCUUCAGCGGUAGUAAACUGAAUUUUGCUUCCCAGUUGAGCUCGGAUAGUGAUCCUCAAGAAACAGAUGAAACGGACAGCAAUGAUGAAGAAAGUGCACAGAUGCAUGAUGACGAAGGAACUGGGAGUGAAGCUGCAGGAGAUGACGAUUUCAUGAAGUAUUUUGCGAAACUCAGACGGGAAACCCUACCUGAUCAGGCAACAACAAAAGCAGAAGCUUUCCUGCUUGUGCUCACAUAUAUUGUCACUGCAGGACUGACAUGGGCACAAGUUCAAGGACUUUUAACUCUGAUCAAUGUCCUGUUUGGGGAGAAAGUUCUGCCAUGCACUACCUACUCCCUCAGAAAGUUGUGGAAAAGCAAAAAAGAAGCGUUGAGGGUACACUUAUAUUGGCAAGCCUGCCAUAAAUACCUCGGACUGUCUUGCGAUGCCAAAAACAAGUACACUGUAACCUGUGCUUCCUGUGGUGCUGAAAAGAGGCUUCAAGAGUUAAUGAGUUCUGGGAGUUUCUUUUUGAUGUUUAACUUGAAGCAGCAGUUGCUGGAAUUCUUGAAACAAAUUGGCAGAACGUUCCACACUAACUUACAGAAGCUGUCAUCAGGACCUCUAGUGCCAGGCGUAUUUUCUGACAUCACCGAUGGAAGUCUGUACCGUAGUGUACGAAAGCAGAUAAACAUGGCAUGGAGUGACAUCACAUUGACCUAUAACAGUGAUGGGGCACCUGUGUUUGAUUCCAGCAAGAGCACAAUUUGGCCAAUUCAAGUAAUGUUAAAUGAGCUGCCAGUUUUGAUGCGGUGGCAAAAUGUGCUCGUCUCAGGGCUGUGGUUCUCAAGGACUCACCCACCGAUGCAUCUCUUCAUGACACAAUUUGUUGAAGAAGUCUCCAAAGUUGGAACUCUAGUGUGGUCUUAUGCUGGUAGGACCAUUAGAUCAGCAGUGCAUGCAGUUGUUUGUUGUGUGGACUCUCCGGCCAGGGCAGCUAUCUUGAACAGCAAGCAGUUCAAUGGAUACUUUGGGUGCAGCUGGUGCUUGCAGCAAGGUGAAGUUAUUGAUGGUACACUGAAGUACUCAUUUUGCAGCGACGUGCCUGGAAGGACACACAGUGGGGUGUUGAAAGCAAUGGUGGAAGCAGUGCAGAAGAAGGAACCAGUGUUCGGCAUAAAAGGUCCAUCCACUCUGAUCAAGCUGCGAGGCUUUGAUCUCGUCUGGGGCCCGACUCCUGACUACAUGCACUGCGUUUUGGAAAGUACCAAACAGGUUACUGAAAUGCGGCUGUCAGCUACAGGUUCCACGUGGUAUAUUGGGAGGCACAUAAAGCUAAUUGAUUCGAGGUUGCUCUUGAUAAAGCCACCAAUAAUCUUUUCAAGAUCAGGACGGCCUUUGUCAGAUCGUGCUUUUUGGAAGGCUGCAGAGUGGCGCUCUUGGCUUCUUUUCUACAGCCUUCCAUGUGUCUCUGACAUAUUGCCCCGACCUUAUCUGACACAUUUCGCACUUCUUGCAAAGGCUGUGUUUCUUUUAUUGAAGGAUGUUAUCCUAGAAGAUGAAAUUUGUGCUGCUGAGAAGUCCCUCUUAGCAUUUGUUCAGCAGAUGGCCAAGUUGUAUGGGCAGAAUGCAAUGACAUUUAAUGUGCAUCAAUUAUUGCACCUCACAAAGUCGACACGCAUGUUUGGCCCCUUGUGAGCUACAUCAACGUUUCCCUUUGAAGAUGGAAUUGGCAGGGCACUGCAGCUUGUGACAGCAGCUAAAUAUGUGCCUGCUCAGAUUGCUGAACGGUGCAUCAUGCACCAAACCUUCAGAACAGUUUCAGUGCAUAUGGACCUUCAACCAAGUCUUUUGUCUGCCAAAAAAGAGCUUGAACAUAGUUAUAAGCGAUGUUCUCAGACAUGUGUUCUUGGACAGGCACAGCCAGUUGUUUAUAUGCCAGAUAUCCUAAAGGGGCUUUUUAUUUCGAGAUUUGGUAAUGUACCACAAGUGUCCAAGUAUUUCAGAGCCCAGGUAGGCACCAUGAUUAUUCACAGUUCUGAGUACUGUGUGCCUAGCAAAACUUGCUCUUGCUAUGUUAAAAUGUCUGAUUGAAUGUACUGCUUAGUUCUAGGGAUUUAUGCAAAAGUAGGCGUUAUGUAUUUUCAUUGUCAGCAGCUGCUCACCACACCAUGUGCAUUUGAUGUUCUGCACAUAUUAGAGUGCCAGCUUCCACCUACUUCUGUGAAUAAUUUCCUGUAUUGUUGUGAUGAAGUGUCCUUGCAAUGUGUCUUUCUUAGUGUGUGUAAUAAGUCAUACUUGUGCGAGUUGCCCAAUAGGCUUGAAAAAAAUUAAUAGCCACUAGGCCAUGCAGCGGCCAAGUUCACUGGCAAGUCAGGCGUGUUCUGUAAAUGUGCAUUUAAGCGUAGGGAGUGACUCGUGAAUGAAAGCUCGUGCACCUUAUUGUUACGAGUGCGAAGUACAGAGAAACCAGUUGGUACGGCCAUGUAGCGGCCAAGUUCACUAGCAAGUCAUGCGUGUUCUGUAAAUGUGCAUUUAAGCGUAAAGGUGACUCGUGAAUGAAAGCUCGUGCACCUUAUUGUUACGAGUGUGAAGUACAGAGAAAGCAGUUAGUACGGCCAUGUAGCGGCCAAGUUCACUGGCAAGUCGUGCGUGUUCUGUAAAUGUGCAUUUAAGCGUAGGGAGUGACUCUCGAACGAAAGCUUGUGCACCUUAUUGUUACGAAGGUGAAGUACAUAGAAAGCGGUUGGCAAGGCCACGCAUUGCUUGAUUCCACUGGUAAAAGUGAUCCUCUAAACACCGGAUUGAAUGCUGCACAUUUCUUAUGCAUCUUGUAGCUCGAACUGUACAUGUACAGUCGUAAAAUUUAUGAGCGUGAACACGGGAAAGCGUGCCGAACUGUACAAUCAGCGCAGUCUAGCGCACGCUGGCAGUAACUUCGCGAACGAGAUAUUCGCGGCUAAGGCUGUUAGAUCAGCGGAUGCACUCCCAGCCAGCUCCCGCUCACUGUCUACUUCGCACAGCGAUAACGGAUAACUGAUAACAAAGGCGCGGGCACUAAGCGGCUGUCACUUUCCCAUGCAUGCGCAAAGCGAUAAUCUGAUGCGGGUUCCCAGCCGCUAAAGCAACAUGUGUUCCUUUCCAAAAGGAGUGCCUGGAUCUUGGGCGUGCGAAUUUGUAACCAAUGGCAAGGAAACCUAUGCAUAUGGUCAUUUUGAUGUUAUUACCAUUUCAUGGCCGCUCAGAUAUUCUCAACAGUGGAUUACGGUAUGCCUUAUAAUUGCAAAUCGACUUUCCGGGUGCGAAAAGAAAAUAAUAAAAUUACGUUUUAAAAUAACCUUUACCAGUGGUUUCAUCGAGGUGGCGCCUUCAACAGUCAUGCACUACAGUGCAGUCCACUUAUAACGAUACCACAUAUAACGAUGGGUCGACAUGAGAGUGUCAUUUUAUGCAUUAGGUCUAUGGGGAAAAAAAACCAUUUAUAACGAUAGGUUAUUCACCGCAUAUCGGAUAUAACGAUCAAAAUUUUGCAGUCUGGACGGCGUUUUCCGUGUCACAUAAUCGUAACGUUUGCGUUGCUUAGUUCCCUGAAACGAACGAUGUCGAGACGAGGCGAUGUUUACCUCCGUAAGUUCGUAUCUGCCGCCAUUACCGCGCAGCGCGUCUCGCCCCGCCCGCGCACGAGUAGGCGCAGCCAACGUUGGCGCAGCGCGCCACAAGAUGGCGCUAGCUGCUUCAUGCGUUUAAAGUCCCUUGAUGCUUUACAUGCGUUCAUGCGCGUCGGCCACAGUCGCUCCGAAAGAGAGAGAAAGAAAAAAAAGAAGCGACAAGCAAAGCGGCGCGGUGGCGCCCGUCCCGCGUCUCUCUCGCGAUAGCAGGCUGACGCCACCGAAGCAGCGUGCAAGCAACGGUUCAACCCAGUUCGAAGAUGGCGCCGACAAAGCGCAAAGCUGUGUCGCUUGACACGAAGAUGGAUAUUUUGCAGGAUUCUCGAUGCGGCUUCAAGGUGAGCGCCCUCGUGAAGUAUGAGCUUGUCCAGUUAACGAUAUCAACCAUCUUGAAAACCGGGAGCACCGCGAUUGUGAAUGCAGGAGCUAUCAGUUGCCAUGCCGAUCAGCGGAAAAGGGGUUAGAGACCCGUUGUACGCCGAUGUUGAACAGGCGCUUUACCAGUGGUUCAUCACCAAUUGCUUCAAGAAGGCGGGCUUUGUGCGUAAGGACGAACUUCCCCAACCCGGUGGAAGUCGCUGACAUAACCGAGCUCUGGGAGCUCGUUCCUACUGGUGACACAGGUGGUGUGUCGAAGGAGGAGUUUUUGACUGCAGACAGUGCUGCCUCGUUCUGCGAUGAGGUCACCGACGAGGCGAUCGCCGAAGAUGUGCUGUCUCGACAGACGCAAAGUUGUGCGACGGUGGCGACGGCAUCAGCGACAGUGACAACGAGAUCGUCAGUGGCUCCUUGACCCCGACCACGAUGUCCACGCAAAGUGCACUGUCGUCGAUCGACUCCUUAAUUGAUUUUAUGCAUGCUAAAGGAUUGCCGCCAGUGUUCGCGCAGCAGCUGGAAUCCAUGCACACCGCGGUUGUGAAGCUGAAGCUGCCGCAAGAGCAAGUGCAGAUUUUGGACUAUUUCGGCGCGCCUAAUCCUUGACACGGUCAUUGGCGCUAGAAAUAAAGUUUGUUUUUCACGGCCUACUGUAUACAUCAUCUAUUCUUUAGAGCAAGUAGCGAAUUCGAGUUCAGAGCUGCAAAAGUAAAGAGCGCAAACGCGUUUAAUUUUUUUUUUUUUUUUUGAUAACUGCAGUCCAGAUAUAGCGAUCAUCGGUUAUAACGAUCAUAUUUUUCGUCUUUCUCGAUAUCGUUAUAAGUGGACUGCACUGUACUACAACUAAAGAUACGUUUUGACAUCUCGAGGAAUGCCAUUGCUGCUUCUCUCAAUAUUUUGCAUUGUAGUGGCCUCAGUUGUGUGAAAAAUUGACCAUAAGCUAACUCUGCAAAGACGCUCACGUUUUUCGUUCUCUUAUGUGUGAAUAUAUUUUAUAUAUACAGAUAUGUUUUCAAGUAAAACACUACUGACUAGUUUGCGUGCAUAUAUGUCAAAGACAAAACACAAGCACUGCACAGUUUGCGGUUAGGAGAAUCAUUUUAUUGAGAGUGGAGGAGAAAGAAGAAUUUAGCAAAAGUCAACUGCUACUCGCACUACAGUGAGAACUGUGGAAAGCAUCCUGCACUUAAGGUAACUGUGAACAUUUUCGCCUGCUUCUAGUAGUGAGUAGCACAGCCUUUUAGGCGAAUGACAUCAGCCAUCCUCUUCGGUAAAGAAGAGUAGAGGGAGGCAACAAAUGCGCCAUCUUCACGGAGCCGCUCCCAUUCUUCUUGCACCGCUUGCCAAAGGCCGUCAGCAUUCGUACUUUGAAGCGGACGCCGCACCAAGCGUUGCUUCAUCCGCCCCAAACAUUCUCUAUAAUAUUCAGGUCAGGACUUUUUGGAGCCCACUGCAGGACCUCUACACUUUCGUCUUCCAGCAGCUCCUUGACACGGCGAGACGUGUGUAUAGGGGAAAGGUCCUGUUGAAAGAUGAAACUGCCGUUGGGAAAGGGUCCUUGGCGAGCGUAAGGCAGCAUAACGUCCUUUAGAAGUUCGCUGUAACGGGCGGAUGUCAAGUGGCCCUCGAUACGGACCAGCGGUCCCAGUCCGAGAUGAGAGAGGGCUCCCCAGGUAUUUACUGUUGUGCGGCCGCUUGCGGCUACGCUUUGAAUAUUCGUCAGAUGGUGCCUGCAAAUAAAGAGUGCGCGCACGGACAAUAAGCACAAAUGUGCAAAGAGGAUAUAAAGCUUCUUGAAUGAGACUGGCGAACACUAAACUCAUUCUAGCAUUUGCAGCCGAAGAUUUCAAUUUCGAGCUGCAGUCGACAUCGUUAAUUAAGAAGCCAUUGAUUGCGUGAAGCUUUUCUCUUCCUCCUACAUUUAGGAUAAUUCUAUUGAGACUACUCAACGGGAAAUAAAAUACAAAUGCAAGCAUCACCUCUCGUUUUCUAGCCGCCAGACUCUCUUCUUUUGGGCUUGUUUGGUGAAAAAGGUGGAUUCAUCUGUAAACAUUACUCUUUUCCACUCCUCAGACGUCCAGGACGCGUGUUGUUCUGCAAACUGGAGUCGCUUGGUCUUGUGCGUACUGUUGAGGAAGGGCUUCUGUGCGGCGACGCAACUGUGCAAGCCCGCUUCUUUCAGCCGGUUCCGCACAGUGGCUGGGUGGGCAUUGACUCCGGUAUUUUCCAUGAUUUCAUUCGCUGUCUGAAAAGGAUCGUCUCCCACAGCCGCAAUGAUCAAUUGAUCCUCCUCUUCCGUCGUUGGUCUUGGUCGGCGCCGGUGUGGAGCAUCGCCGAUUCAUCCGUCUUAUAGGCUUGACAUAUUCUGUUGACAGUCUUGAGCGGUCGGCCGGUCAUGGCCGCAAUAGACCGUUGGCUGUGUUCUUUCAACGCUAGGUCAAUGAUGUGCCGUCGCUCUUCAUCGGGUACACGCGCCAUGGUGUGGCUCCCGAAGAAGUGAAAGAAAACCGCUCAAGGAAUGUUUUUAUACGCAAAACUAUCAGCGUUAUCAAAGCAUGUGUGUUUUAUUUUAUGAUCAAGAAAUUCAACCAAUCACAAACGUCUCAACCAGCGAGCGACGCAGAGCUCUUCUUUCGGCCGUUUUUAGCUGCACGGGCCCUUUCGCUCGGUUACACCGGGAACGCCGACGGCGGCGCGGUUAAACCAAAGGACGGGCGCAUAAGAGCUGCGCUGUAAACAAAAGCACAAAAACUCCAGAGUUGGACAGCACGUCAGUAUUCUUAUCGUUACGUGCUCGGCAUGUAGGGUUCAUAUCAGUGCGCCUUUCUUGACCUGUUAUCACCACGUGUUGCAGAUAGCUAACGCAGCAGAUUGCGGGUCUAGAAGGGACAAGAGACCGCAUUGGUGGCAGGGAGUGCAUCCGCUAAUCUAACAGCCUUAGCCGCGAAUAUCUCGUUCGCGAAAUUACUGCCAGCGAGCGCUAGACUGCGCUGAUUGUACAGUUCGGCACGCUUUCCCGUGUUCACGCUCAUAAAUUUUACGACUGUACAGCCGUUGGGAGACUAUACCAAUGUGGGAUCAAGUUGCCCAGUGCAUGUUAGAGCUGCAAAGUGGCAUCAUGCGGCUGGAAUUAUGAAGAGAGGUUGGCUCAGCAUCCAAUACCUGUCGACAUUGUACGUAGCCAGUUGUUGCUCCUCUGACUGUAAGACGGUUGGCACGCGAGCAUUUCCUAAUCACAUUCGCCAAUGGCUAUGAGGUCUUUUACUAAGGUGGUAUGAACAUGCUGCAUCAGCAUGUCCGCACCGGUGCAUAACGGCUGUCGUGACCACUCACUAUAAUUGACGGAAGUGCAUACUGGAGUUGCAAGCAAGGCGCUUUAGCCAACCUGGGAAUAAUUGCCUAUGUGGAUUUGUAUAAAGAUUCUGUCGCUUUACACAUUAUUGUGACUGUAUUUUAUACAAUUUACUGCAAUAUUAUAAACAUAUUCAAAUACAUAGGAAAGUUUCCGCCUGCCAGAUUUGAUCAGAGGACCUUGAGCACAGUAGCAGGAUAUUUAAACUGCUACACCACUGAUAUGUUCUUCGGAAAGCCCCGUUAAUUGCCCUUAGGUAUUUCUGUUGGGCAAGCAAGCAUGCUGCGUCACUUGACGAAUUUAGACUAGGCACUCCAUCUCUGGGUCAAUGGAGCGACAACAGCAUGAUUACAUAUACAGUAGACCUCCCAUAAUUCAAACUCGAGGGGUCCCCAGAAUUUUGUUUGAAUUAUCAGAUGCAGGUAUGAAUAUGCCUCGGAGCAACACAUCAGCUUAUACUGUAAUGAAAUAUCCAUUUAAUCAUAUGUUGAAUAUAAAUUGCAAAUUUGCGAGUGCUUUCUUGCAACAUGCCAAUUCAAAACCAAAAGUUUUCUAUUCCAACAAGGACAACUUUUCUGCUUCUGGUUUUUACCACUUUGACAAGUGCAGACAGGCAGUUGGCUUUAUUUUCAUAUGAACGCAAAUGUUCAGUUAGAAAUGAAUAAAGCAGUUGAUAUUUCCAGUUUCGACAAGCAAGAAGUACAGAUGAACAGAUUUAACCGAAUAGUGGUUUGAAUUAAUUGGCAUUUGUAAGCACAUAGCCCGUUUGAUAGCUACAUUUAAAGGGGCCCUGGAGAACCUUUUUCGAGAUCUGAGAAACAAAUUCUGCCGAUGAGUGCAGCCAGCAUCUUUCAAGGAAUACAACUCAAGAAUUGUUUUUAAAAAGGCCUCGUAUAAGCAAAGGAAUUAGGAGCCUAAUAUAUACGUUCCUUAUUACCCCUCAAUUCAGUGGUUCUCUCCAGCAGGAGCAGUGCCAGUAACAGUGACAGGUCUAUCACACACCUUUACUUUUCCAAAGCAAAUUUAUGGUAACCUUUUAAAAUGGGCCUCAGACAAAACAUUUGAGUGAUAAAGGAGUGGUGAUGCAUUAACAAUUGUCGGUUUUCACUUCCUAAUAAUGUGUAAUGAAUCUGGCAGGGUGUGAACACAAGUAAUUCAUCAAAAAAAUUUCCCAAUGACCAUUCGCUAUGGGCUGGUACCAUAUAAUGUCAACUGGAAGCUGGCCACCACUUAAAAAAAAAAUGGAGAGCAGAAGCCUACUGGAAAGUUGACGGUACAGACUGCUUGUUAGCUCCAUCUGCUACAUGCAGAAUGUUUGCUUGGUAAGAUCAACAGGUGGUUCAGUGCUGCUUUAGAGCAUUAAAAUAGCAAGAGAGUUUCAGUGUCAUCUGCUUUGAUAUUUGUCGCUCAGAUAAGCCAAAACAAAUGCCGACAUGUGCAUAUUGCUCUGCACAGCAACACAGUGGCAAGCUCUGCAGCCACAGGCAAAAAGAAGGUGCUACUACAGCAGACUUCCAUUAAGUCAACUCCAGUGUAUUAGAUCCCAACCAAAGGUUGUGGCUGAAGCUCAUACACUUCCAUGGGACGAAGUUUUUUUGUUAUUCAGAUCCUAAAAUGCAACUUUGUCAGGGAAUUCAUAUUUGGCUGGUCAUCACACACGUGUUAGACCCUAAUGGUGACUGCAGUUUUAAGAACCCUAAUAAAAGACUAGAGUUGUUCAAUUAAA